UCCAACGGAAAACUGAUAAAAUAACUGUCAAAGUCAUCACGUGUUUGUUGUUUACAUAAUCGGUUAGCAGAUCUUCGAAUUAAAAAUUUUCAUCUAAUGAAAUAUAAACUUAAAAUUAUUUUAUAUUUCAAGUUUAUUAAAUAAAUGCAGUAUUAUUUAAAUCGAGUUAUUUUUUAAAUAUAAUACAUUCAAAUUUGAAGCGCCAAAUCAGUAGUUAAGUAUAUUGGCACCAUGAUCUUCACUUUAUAUAUAUGAAUAUUAUUGUAAACAAUGAUGCUUGGUCAUAGGAUAAGCGCAGAGGGAUAACGACAACUUAUAAAAAUAGAAAUACGGCAUAGAGAAUGAAUUCUUAUCAUGAAGAAUUAGUGUCUGCAGAUAAUUUUUAGUCUAUGCUUGCAUAUAACCUACAAUUUUUAUUAUGAACAUUGUAAUAAAACCAACAUUUUAAUCUUUUGUUAAGAAAACCUACGAUGAUGAUAUAUUAAAUAUAUGUCAUGAAGGUAAAAUUCUGAAUUGUACGAAAUGACAGAUAAACAAAAAAUACUUAGCUGUGGUGAUGUAGAAGGACAUUUUAAAUUUCUAUUUACGAAAGUGGAAAAUAUUAACAAAAAAAAUGGACCGUUUGACUUUUUAUUAUGUGUUGGAAAUUUUUUUGGUGAAAAUAAUAUAGAGCUUGAACCAUAUAAAAAUGGCAUGAGAAAUAUUUCUGUUCCAACAUAUAUUAUUGGCCCAAAUAGGGAGACAGAUUUAAAACAUUAUCCUGACAUAGAUGGAUAUGAAAUUUGUCAAAAUUUAACUUAUCUUGGUAGAAGAGGUUUAUAUAUUGCAACAUCAGGGUUAAAAAUUGCAUAUAUCAGUGGCAUUGAAAAUAAUGCAACAGAAUCCAAAACAAUUUGUUUCCAAAAAAAUGAUGUUGUAUCAAUAAAGAAUUCUUGUUUGAAAGGUCAACCAAGCUUUCGAGGAGUAGAUAUAUUAUUAUCCUCACCAUGGCCUAAAGGCAUUACCGAUUUAGAUCCAAAUAAACCUAAUAUCAAAUAUCAAGGAUCUGAAUUAAUAGCUUGGUUGGCUGCUCAAAUAAAACCAAGAUAUCAUAUCUCAGCAUUAGAAAAUAUUCAUUAUGAAAGACCACCUUAUAGAAAUCAUAGUCAAGAUGAAAGUGGUAUUGAAAUUGCAACUAGAUUUAUUGCUCUUGGAUCGGUUGGAAAUAAUGAAAAGAAGAAAUGGCUGUAUGCUUUGAAUUUAACUCCUAUAGACAGAAUAAGAUUAUCUGAAUUAGUUAUGAAAACAACUGAUGAAACAUCUAGUCCUUAUUUAAAGCAUUUAUUACAUGAUGAACCGAUAGAAACAAAAACUACACAAUUUUUUUAUGAUAUGGAAUUUAAAUCUCAGAAACGUUCGAAAAAUUCAGAUUAUUCUUAUAAGAAGCUUAAGACAGAAUUUGAUCAAACAAAAUGUUGGUUUUGUUUAUCUAGUCCUGAAGUAUCUAAGCACUUAGUAAUUGCCGUCGGUGCAGAAGUUUAUGUAGCGCUUGCUAGAGGUGGAUUGGUUGAAGAUCAUAUGCUAAUUUCGCCGAUAACACAUCAUCAGAGUUUAUCAGUUUUACCACCAGAUAUUUUAAAAGAAAUGAAACAAUAUAAAGAAGCAAUAACAAACUAUUUUGCAAGUAAAAAUCGAGUACCAGUAUUUUUUGAGAGAAAUUAUAAAACAUCUCACUGUCAAUUACAAGCUGUUCCAAUUCACAAAAAUCAAGCAUCUAUAGUUAAAGAAAUGUUUGAGGAAAUAGCAGAAUGUAAUAAUUUCAAAAUCGAUGAACUUCCACAUCACACGGAUUUACAACAAAUUGCAAAACCCGGUGUUCUGUACUUUUACGUAGAGUUACCUGAUGGGCAAUCAUUGUACUAUAGAAUUAAGAAGGAUUUUCCAUUACACUUUGGUAGAGAAGUAUUGGCAUGUGAUAGAAUAUUAGAUGUUAAUCAUAGAUCAGAUUGGAGGGAUUGUCAAUUGGAUAAGGAUGAAGAAAGUGAAUUGGCCAAAAGAAUUAGAACACAUUUUAAACCAUAUGAUAUAGAUAAUUAAAGUAAUUUAUAUAUAUACAAAAUAUUUUUACAUUGUGAUAUAAAUAAUAUGUUCACAAAUUUCAAUAAUUAUUAAAAAUAAUUAUUAUUUGCA